UCUAGAACCUGUCUGAAGGCCAAGGAGCUUUUUUAGAAGGACCGAAGCCGGCCCUCAAAAAACAAAAACAAGUCUGAGUUCUACCGCAUUCAAAAAACCUAUAAACUUGGAAGCGAUUCAGCCAUCGGCAUCAGUAACACAAUCAAGGUACAAGCGAAAGCAUCUAAAGCAGCACAAAGUAACCAAGUGAUCGUCUCCAGCAGAUUUGGCAUCUCAAUUCUCAACAAUUAAGUCGACAACCUUCAACAUGAGGAACUACUACCCCGGCCUUUUGGUCACGUUUAAUGUGGUCUUGCUUUUGACCAGCUCCAUCAUGCUCUAUUUGGGCAUUUCUUUGGUGGCCUACUAUAAAUUGGACUCGUUGGACUUUGUCUCUCAAUGGUUUUGGAUGGUUCCCUACAUCAUGAUCAUUCUCGGUUUGGGCGUGUUCGUUGUGGCUCUUUACGGUUGUGCGGUUGGCUUGACGGAGAGUCGAUGUCAACUCUACACGUUUUCGGGCUUGAUGAUUCUGUUCUUCAUCCUCCAACUGUUGGCCAUUUUUGCCGCCAUGGAAUUGCGUAGUGUCAUUUUGAGAGCCGAAUUCUACAGCAUCGACGUCUUGGACGACCUGAGGGAUUACAAUACCAACUGGAAGACCCGCGCCAAAUGGGACGGCCUCCACCGUGAAUAUCAUUGCUGCGGCGGAGUCAACUUUUACGAUGGAUUCAGAGUCUGGCGUAAUGCUGAUGUGGGCGAAUUCACCAACUCUGUUCCCGACUCUUGUUGCCUUCGAGUCACCGAAGGCUGCGGAGUCAAUGUCUUCAAUGAAUUGGAACAAAAUCUCGUUCGGAAGAUCCAUAUGCACGGAUGUCUCACGUUGAUGAAUGAUAAGCUGGAGUCUCAAGUUGUUCCCAUGCUUUUGGGUUAUACCGGCGUGGGCACCAUUUUGGCCUUGGUUCAGCUCCUGUGCGUCAUUUUUGCUUGCGCAUUGGCCGCGGCCAUUAAGCGAGAAAUGAACGAACACGACGACAUCCGAUCCUUGCGCAGCUCAACCAAUGCGGGCAGUCUUCACGGGAGCUUUGAUGCCGAUCCGGCCACGCCUAGAUUUGACCACAGCAGACGAGAUCAACAUCAUUACGGACGGGACAAUUUGAAUGCAGCUUACGAGGCUGAGCAGCGAUCGAAGAUUCCACAUUUCUCAGACUUUGAAGAAAAGGCCGUUUGAAAAUGUGAGCUAUAACUAAAUGUCAACACUCCCCUUUGUACAAAGCAUCAUUCUUUUUUUCAAUAUUUGAGGAGCAGAAGCAUAAUUCUUUACUCUGGCUGUGAUAUUUUGGAAAACAAAAUAACCCAUGUUUUUGUUCCUUAUUCGAUUACCUGACCCUAGAGGGCUGUACUAAACACAAGCGCAACUCGUUGACAUAGCCCUUUAACCUGACCCGGUGCCUUCAACCGUUAAUGUUGUGGCAAUAUCUGUAUGUUAAUGAAUGGGUACGAGUGUAUGGAAGUGUGGCUACACCAAUCAAAAUCAGUUUAUGUCAUGUACUAGUACUAAUAUGAGCAUGAGUGUACAAACCAGAUAAUAAAUGAGUGCAAUCAUUCUUCA